AUGGAAGGUCCUGACUAUGGGGCCACAUGGGGAACCGAAGUCCUAGAAGGACCCCCGGGUGGGUCGAGCGACAACCAGUUCUUCUGGGAGCUCAUCGGGGGCCCACACAAGACCAGGAACAUGUCCGCUUGCUGGCAGGACGGCCGGAUCUUCCCGGAGAAUGCCACCUGGGUAGUGGACAGCUGCACCAAGUGCACCUGCAAGAAAUUUAAGACCGUCUGCCACCAGAUCACGUGCCCGGCUGUGGCCUGCACCCACCCCACCUUCGUGGAGGGCGAGUGCUGCCCGUCCUGCGCCCUCGCAGCCGGUGAGGACGGCUGGUCCCCGUGGGCAGAGUGGACCGAGUGCUCGGCCACCUGCGGGCCCGGCACCCAGCAGAGGGGCCGCUCCUGCGACGCCACCAGCAGCAGCUGCCCGGGGCCGUCCAUCCAGACGCGCGCCUGCAGCCUGGGCCAGCCCCCCGUGGGGCGGCACCUCGAGAGCGUGGCCCCCGCGGAGCGGCACCCCGAGAGCGUGGCUGCCGCGGCUCCCAGCGACACAGGUCACGAGAGCGAGUGGGCCACGUCCAGACCUCGCUCUCCCGCAGCCCGUGCACCCCUGCCCUGGGCACUGGCCCCGGACAACUGCCCGCUGCUGUUCAACCCCCGGCAGCUGGACUACGACAGGGACGAGGUGGGGGACCGCUGUGACAACUGCCCCCACGUGCACAACCCCGCGCAGAUCGACACCGACCACAACGGGGAGGGCGACGCCUGCUCGGUGGACAUCGACGGGGACGACGUCUUCAACGAGCGGGACAACUGCCCCUACGUGUACAACACUGACCAGCGAGACACAGACGGCGACGGCGUGGGUGACCACUGUGACAACUGCCCGCUGAUGCACAACCCUGACCAGACCGACGUGGACAACGACCUCGUGGGAGACCAGUGUGACAACAACGAGGACAUCGAUGAAGACGGCCACCAGAACAACCAGGACAACUGCCCCUACAUCUCCAACGCCAACCAGGCCGACCACGACCAGGACGGCCAGGGCGACGCCUGCGACUCGGACGAUGACAACGACGGGGUCCCCGAUGAUAGGGACAACUGCCGGCUGGUGUUCAACCCUGGCCAGGAGGACGCUGACGGUGACGGGCGGGGUGACAUCUGCAAGGACGACUUUGACAACGACAGUGUCCCAGACAUCGACGACGUGUGUCCGGAAAACAACGCCAUCAGCGAGACCGACUUCCGAAACUUCCAGAUGGUGCACCUGGACCCCAAAGGCACCACUCAGAUCGACCCCAACUGGGUGAUCCGCCACCAAGGCAAAGAGCUGGUGCAGACGGCCAACUCCGACCCCGGCAUCGCAGUGGGCUUCGAUGAGUUUGGGUCCGUGGACUUCAGCGGCACCUUCUACGUGAACACGGACCGGGACGACGACUACGCCGGCUUCGUCUUCGGGUACCAGUCCAGCAGCCGCUUCUACGUGGUCAUGUGGAAGCAGGUCACCCAGACCUACUGGGAGGACCGGCCCACCCGGGCCUACGGCUACUCCGGGGUGUCCCUCAAGGUGGUCAACUCCACCACGGGCACGGGCGAGCACCUGCGGAACGCCCUGUGGCACACGGGGAACACGGAGGGGCAGGUACCGCGGGGCCUGCCUGGCCUCCCUAUGGCACGGCACGCAGCGCCCUGCGCUGUCCACGCGGUUUCAGGACACAGCGUCUGCCUGCGCUGCAUCCAGGCCAGCGCCGAGCUCAUCCGCAGGCGUCUGCCAGACCCCAGCAGCCUUUGCGCAGGAGUGGAAAAGGCGGGGGCAGCAGCCAGACCGAAAGGCCAAAGUGGUGCUGAACAGCAGGCGCCGAAGACGCGUUUCCGGGCUCCAGCCCCGCGCGAGUGCAGCGCCGAGCGGCCGAGCGUGCACGGCCAGCUGGCUCUCCAGAGGCCCCGGCCGCUGCCCCGAGUCUCUUCAACAAAGGGUGCCGCACCCCCGGAGCCCACGUGCCGGCAGAGAAGGUGA